UGUGCUUUUGUUGUUGCUUGUAAUGUUUCAGAUGAUUGACGAUCAAGAUCUCGGCUUCUUUGCUAAUUUCCUUGGAAUCUUCAUUUUCGUGCUUGUUAUUGCGUAUCAUUUCGUGAUGGCUGACCCAAAAUUCGAAAGCAACUGAGGGUUUUGCACUCUCUUAAGUGUCUGCGAUGGAUAUUUAGAUUGUUUUUUCCAGACUGAGUUGUUUCAGAAAUGAAGACAGAUCAAUGUUUUUAAAUUCUUUCAACAAGACAUUGCUAUAAAUGUUAUUGCAUUGCUAAUGUGUUGCUU